CCACCCUACAAAUAGUAAAUAAAAGAUCUAAGGAAAAAAAGAGAGGGAAAAAGGCCCAGGAUUGCCGGGAGGAGGAGGAGCGAACCAUGUUGUGAAGAUUUUUUAAUUUCCCUCUCACACAGGCAAUCUUUUAUCAGAAAAAAAUAGUAUUCGGUUGCUUGGGUGAAUGUCACAAUUUGCUGAAAUGAAAUAAAAUGAUUCUAGUCAUAUUUGCAAGAUCCAACUGUGCACGGGACCACAAAUGUCAUGAAUAUUGAUUCUGUAGAGAGGUGAACGACCAUUGUAAAUGCUAGGUGGAAGUCCCAAGGAUAUUUUGGCAGAAUAGAAAACCACUGGAUGUGCCAUCCUAGCAAAGUAGUUACUCGAGCUCAAUGGUGUAUUGCCUGAGCACUCAGAGAUGACAGUGGCACUAUUAACUCUAGAUAUGUAUCCAUCAUUGCCAAGAAAUCGAUUCCAUUCCCUUAGAGCUCUUCACAUAUGGAUUUGUCACUGAACUCAACCAGUCAAACACAGGAAGACGUCAGUCUUGCUACUUAUGCUAUUCGGCAACGGGCGGAACAACUGGAGUUGGAGGAAGCUAAAAAAUUUGGAAUCAUUCCCAAAAAACUUCUUUCCCUUGGAAAUUUGCUUGAUGAAGUCUAUUCCAUGCUUCUGCCAAGUUGGGAAGAUUAUGAAGCACGGAAAUCACUGAUUGCUUUUGUUGACAAGUUUGCGAACCAAAAUAUUCGUGGAGGUAGCUAUAAUCAUACUGGUGUAUCUGCAAGGGCCUUUGGUUCAUAUACAAUGGAUUUGUUUACAUCUGGAAGCGACCUGGACUUGUCUGUGAACCUUGGUUAUAAUGGAGUUGCCUUCCCAAGAGAAAAUAAAGUCAAAGUUCUCAGGACAUUGUCAAAGGCAUUUCAUCAACUUCAAGGUAGAGGAAUGGUCUAUGGUGUUCUACCUGUGCUGAGAGCCAUUGUUCCCGUUUUGAAAUUUGUUGACUGUAGAAGUGGAAUUGAGUGUGACAUUUCAAUUGAGAAUAAAGAUGGAAUCCUGAAAUCAGAGAUGUUGCGGAUGUUUUCUUCAAUUGACGACAGAUUUCAGAAGCUUUGCUAUCUGAUGAAAGCUUGGGCUAAAGCACACAAUAUCAAUAGCUCAAGGGAUAGGACGCUAAAUUCUCUGUCAAUCAUCCUUUUAGUUGCUUUACACCUGCAGACUCGGUCUCCUCCAAUUCUUCCAGCAUUUUCCCUUUUUUUGAAAGACGAAGCUGACAUUUCAGUGGUGGAGAAAAGAGUCCUGCAAUACAUUAAUUUUGGUAUUCAUAAUAAAGAGUCUAUACCUGAGUUGUUCAUCUCUCUCUUGUACAAGCUAUUGGCGGUUGAAUCUCUUUGGCAGGAAGGGCUGUGUGCUAGCACUUAUGUAGGGAAUUGGAUUUUCAAAAAGCUGGAGAAUAAAAUUAGCUGUAUAAGUGUUGAAGAUUUUACAGAUCGCAAUCAGAAUGCUGCAAGGUCAGUGAAGAAGGAGGAAUGUGAAACAAUCUAUAACUGCAUAAGGCAAACCCUCUCUCAUCUCCAUCAGCAUUUAAAAGGUCACUCAGAGGCAUCUGAUUUAAAAGAAUUUCUCUUUGGAAAAGCUUUAGAUAAGUCAUAUGAGGCAAAACACCAGCACAAGGGAAAGAGGAGCAUGCCCUUUGGAGAUAAGGUUGAUCAAAAGAAGAUGCGAUUCGCUGAAGAUGAACAGAGGGAUGGAAAUGCAGUGCAUCAUGUACCUGGAUUUGUAGCUGAUUCGAUGUCUGGAUACGGUCACUUGAAAGAACAAGCAUGGGGACCAAGGUCUAGUCAAUGGCAAGAGUCACAGCCAUGGCUAAGACAUCCUCCAUUGCCAGAUUCGCGGCAAGGAUUCUGGCAUGGUCAGGGGCAUGUUCCAAGAUUUGGGCUGGGGCAUGGUCUGCCACAUGAGCUGCCACACUUGGAUCCUCUUGAAGCAAGGCUUUUGGACUGCCAAAAGUCACACUUGACCCUUCUUGAAGCAAGAUUUGUGGACCCAUUUCAAAAUGGUAUAAUUCACAAAUUGCCACCUAUGAUACCUUCUGAAUCGAGAUUUCCAAAUUUAGUCCAAAAUGGUCAAGCACACCAAAUGUCACGCCUGACCCACCUCGAGGAGAGAUUUGUGAAUCCAUUUCAAAAUGGACGGGAGUACCUAUUUCCAAAUAAUCAUAACCUCAAUUACCUGCACCGACGGUAACGUUGAUCAUUGUUGAGGGAUUGCAACAUUUCUUGCAUUUCAAGACUCUUAACUACCCUGAUCAAUUGGAGGAAAAUCAAGUUAAGGCUAAAGUGAAUUUUUUCUUGUCAUUUCAAAAUAUUUUUAACCUUAAUCAUCCAUCCCAGUGAUAAAUUUGGCUGGAAUGAAAGGGUUUGGAAGACAAUUGCAAAACUCUUGUACACUAUCAACAUUGCUGGACUGCACUCUAACCUCUUGGAAGUGAUUUGUCAGUUGAGGGGCUUAUUUUUCUAAUCUGUAGCAUCAUUGUAAUUGUGAAGUAGUUGAAGUUUACGUUGUAAUUGUCUUUUUGGAAAACAAUCUGUGAAUUGGAAGGAUUGUUUUCCUAAUCUGUAGAUAUGAUCGUUGUAUUUUUGAAAUAAUUGAGGCUUAUAAUAUUGAAUAUCUGACAAUAAUAUAUAUAAUAACAUAAAAACAUUCCAGGUGAGUAGUUGUGUUA